GAAGUACAUAAUUAUCCUUUCACAUAAACACUGUUAAAUUAAUUUAAAACUUAAUUAUUUAAUUUUGAUCAUAUAUCACAUAUUAGAAAGUGUACUAAUACAUUUUUAAAUUGCAUGUACUGAAUUAUUGAUCGGAAAAGUUUUAACUCGAAAGUGGAUGCAUUAUGUUUAAUAAAACAGAGGAAAAUGCCGUGCGGUAUAGGAGAGCCCAGAGUGUUACCAAAGCUGAAGAAAUUACUGAAAAAGAAAAAAAAGCGCGAAAAUCUCAGUUAGACAAACCUUGUCACAAACCUCGGGAUUCACUUUUUUCAUGGAGCUCGGAGUUUACAAAUUUUACUGGAUUAGUGAAUUGGGGUUUUCUGAUGUUAACCAUAGGUGGACUACGGUUGUGUCUUGAAAAUUUUUUAAAGUAUGGUAUACGUGUUAAUCCAUUUGAAUGGUUUAUUGUUUUGACUGGACAUAAUGAGGGUUACAGUCAUCAAUAUCCAUCUGUGAUAUUAUUAAUUUUUAGUGUGGUGCCGGCUGUUACAUGUUUGUUAAUUGAAAAGGCUAUAGCAGUGGAGAUACUAUCACAAAAGCUUGGAGUUAGUCUACAAAUAAUAAAUAUGGUUUCCGAGAUAAGCUUGCCUGUAAUCAUUUUGUACUUCAAAGGAACCCAAUUUAGUUUUGUUGGCAUUACAACAGUAUGCACAAUAUACUUAGUUCUUUUCUUAAAAUUAUGGAGCUAUUGUCAAACAAAUCAUUGGUGCAGAUUAGGAAUGAAGGGAAAACAAUACAAAAAUACAUUAAGACGUCAAAGUCUAUCAGCACCUAAUUGGAAUGAACUAGUAAAUGCUGAACAUGAGCAAACGUUAGAAGACGAGAAGCACGACUUUGUAUCAGCUGGUUUAGUGAAAUACCCGGAUAAUUUGACACUUAAAGAUCUUUUUUACUUCUUAUUGGCACCAACACUUUGCUACGAAUUGAAUUUCCCACGCACUACACGAAUAAGAAAAAGAUUUUUAAUUAAAAGAAUAAUAGAAGUUGUGUUCGGUGUGAAUUUGGUAAUGGCUUUAUUCCAACAAUGGAUGAUACCUUCUGUGAGAAACGCCGUGGAUCCGUUCUCGGAAAUGGGCAUCGUAAAGAUGACAGAACGACUGUUGAAAUUAGCCGUACCCAAUCAUCUCAUCUGGCUGUGUUUCUUCUACCUCAGUUUCCAUUCAUUCCUCAAUCUCAUGGGAGAGUUGUUGCAUUUCGCUGACCGUAACUUCUACAGCGACUGGUGGAAUGCGAACAACAUCUCCGUGUUUUGGAGCUCCUGGAACAUGCCCGUCCAUUUAUGGGCUGUCAGACAUGUUUACAUUCCUAUGACGGAGAUAGGAUAUACCAAAGGGUCUGCUAGUAUAGUUGUAUUCUUUAUAUCGGCAUUCUUUCACGAAUACUUGGUUAGUGUACCGCUGCAGAUGUUUAGGGUAUGGGCGUUUUUGGGGAUGAUGGCGCAACCUCCUCUGUCUGUGAUAUCCCGCGUAGUAGAAAAGAAGCUUGGGGCUCGAUGGGGCAAUAUCAUUGUAUGGAGUUCUCUCAUUUUGGGACAACCGCUCGCUAUCAUGAUGUACUACCACGACUAUGCUCUGGCUCAUUUUGCUCCACAACAAUAAUUACUGUGUAUGAAUUAUCACAAUUUGAAAAGAAAAGGAAACAAUUAUUUAUGUAUUUAUAAUUUUUAGCAAAGGAAUAUUACAUAAAGCCAGUAAAUUUAUGCAAAAUAAAAUAAAGCAAUAAAAACAUAACUAAAGAUUCUAUAAUAUUAUGAAGAAAGUAUAAAUUAAAUACAGCUCAUGAUUAACUCGCAAGAUUAUUCGGAUUGAUGAUGUUGCAUUUACAAUUUAUGCAUUUAAUGCAUUCAAAUUUAUUAUUAUUAUAAAAAAAGGCAUCUCUUUACAUUAUGUUAACUUGAAUUGGGCCCGCAAUAUUUGUAUUUAGUCAAAAUUAAGUCAAAUAUUAUGUAUAAAUAUAUAUUUUCUCUUUGAAAGCCUAUUAUAUAUAAUUUAGGUGGCACCGAUUUGUCUUUUGAUAUAUAUUUUUAAAUGUAAUGUAAUUUUUUUUAUUAAUAGAUUGUUAUAAUUAUCAUUUAUUGAAUAUUCUUAUAAUUAUCAGAAAAUGUAUGCAUUUUUAGUAUUUUUAAAUGUGGAAAGUGGUUUACAUUCCAAAGAGAUUUCAUGACAAUGGUACAAAUUAUGAAGUUAUAACUUUUAUGCAAUGUUUGCCAUAUACAAUAAUAAAGUAGUCUCAAUGAGAAUUAUUACAAAUAUAUAUACUAGUUAAUUAUUAAAAUCUAUGAAAAGUUUAGUUAAAAAAAUACUAUUAUUAUUUUAUGAAUAUAAAUAAUACAAUUUAUUUUUUUAUCAAGUUUAGGAUUCUUUAAAAUGAAGAUUGAAGUGAAUCAAAUAAAUCAAUUAAUCUAUCGCAAUUAUUAAUGUGAAAAUAAUAUUUUAUAAAAUCGACAUUAUAUAUAUACAUAUAUAAUGUUGUCUGUAUUGUUUUAAAAUUAAGGAAUAAUAAUUAUUAGUUCAAUUACUGAUAAAAAAGUUCGAUAAAUAAAUAAAUGGAUGCUGGCUCAUUAAAAGGUAUAAGUAAUAAUUAUGUUAAGUAAAUAUGGUGAUUAGGUAUUUAGGCAUUCAUAUUUAUAUAUGGGGUAUUAGUAUAAUGUGCUUUUUUAAACUUUUUUUUAAAUAGAACCGGUACUAAGAAAAUCAUGCAUGCGAAUUUAGGUUUCUGUGAUAAGAUAUCUUUCAAGAGAAAUAAUUGUUAAUGUGUUCAGAGUAUAAUAUUUUAAAAGGAUUUAUGAAAUGUUGUAUGUAAUUAUAAUUUACUAAUAAAUAUUUUUUUACACGAA